CUUGUCGUCAGGACACGCCUCUCCCCCGCUCGGAGAGGAAGAGCACAAGGGGAGAGGGAGGGGCGUUGUCCAAAGCGCCUUGUAUAUAUUAAAUAAAUUGAACCCUGCAGAGACAUGCUGUCGACUUGCAGUGGGCGGGAGUGCUUGUCGUGCCUUCGUUUGAUAUCCAGCAAGAGGAGGACAUGCAUCCAGACAGGUGAGACUUGGAAAACAGCAAGAAAGAAUACACAACAAGAGACUGCACUGAAGCCUGUACUGAAGCCUGCAUGUGUGACUGAAGGCUAUGCCGAAGCAUGUGUUCAUACAGAGCUAGUUUCGAGAACCUCGGUGAACCUACCAAUUUGGCACAGCCAUCUGCCCCUUUCAAGUUGAGUCUUGCUCAGGGCAUUGAUAUGCUUGCAAGCAGACUGUCUGGCCUUCUCGAAUGAGUGUACAACCAGACAUGUUCUAAGACCAGUUGUUGAUUGGCUGGAUGCUGGAGUUCCUGACUGGGAUUCCGUGGGUUUCCGUGAUGUCGUUGACCAUGCUACAAGAUGAGGGGCCUUGUGAGCUUGUUGAUGAGAGGCUUCGGGCUGAAGAGGAAAAGUGCUGGCCUGUCGCGACAUGAAAGACGGUCGUCGCAGAUGGAAAGUCUGUAUGUGUUUGUGUGAGGAUGGCUCGUCGCAAAGCCCGUCAUACGGAGGAAGGUGGGCUGUCCUGACAUGAGCGCGGACGCCGAGCAUCGUCUUGGUCUCUCACUUUCCUUGACCAUAUCGUCUCGGCGACAGCCCUCGACGACCUUUUCUUCGUCGUUUGAAGCAUUUGAAGCAGUCUAAGCCAUCUUGGACCGUGAAGCGGCUGGGAAACGGAGUUUUUCUGCCGUGUUGUUGUGCUCCUUCCUCCUACAAGAAACCCCUCCCACUUCUCAACUCUUCUCACUUUUUCACCAUCUUUACCACUCUCCCCCUCCAUCCCACAACCACCUUGGUCUCUCUUUAUCCAUCUCAAUCACCUUCAUCCUUACUCCCUACCAUCUCUACAUUCCUUUCUGAGCAUCAGCUCCUCAUCAUCAACUCUGGGACAGACAUCAUGUCUCCUCGUCGUGGCUCCGCUACGGCUUCCAGCCCUCACUCAGAACACGACACUACCUUUCACGGAACCCCUUCCACCAACACUACCUCCUUCACUCCUGCAACUGGAUCCAAGUGCUACAGAAAGCCAACCGUUGAGGAUGAAGAUGUCAUCUACCACAAUCACUGGGACAAAGCUCGUGACGCCGCCAAGCAUGGACCAGUCAAGCGUACCAUUGUCACCAAACCUGCUGGUUCCUUGGGUGAUGAUGUCUUUUUGACCGCGCCAACUUCUGGCAAUGUUCCUCAACUGUCGCCAACUGCCCAGGUCUUCAAACCCAAGUUCACUCCUCGUGCUGCUCCACCUCGCGCCAACCGCACUCAUGCCUUUGCUCCCUCGCAUGGCACAAAGGUUGUCGGACUGGAUUACUACCCAUCAAAGAACAUUGUUCCCAACGCAAACAAUCCUGGAGUAAGAUCCCUACUUCAGGACAGCAUUCCAGACUCCAAACCGAAGUCCUUGGCUGACAUGCAGGCUCCUGUCUUGCAGGCUCGUGAUCCCCGGUCCUACAUCAAACCAAUUGGUGGUACGCUUGACACUGACAUCGAGGUGUACCUCGAUCGUUUGGGAGUAUGGAACAUCAGUCACAUGGAUUUCAUGAUGAAUGCCAGUGGCAAAUACAUCAACGAUGUGCACUUCACAGAAGGAGUCUUCAGCACCGAUGAAAAUGCCGUCCGUGCUUUUGCAGUCAUUGGCGUCCCUGCGGACUUCCGCUCUCGUCGCAUUGCCGAAGCCUUCAAGCUCCAGGACUUCCCUUCGCUCAAGACCAUCAAUGCUGCUCAAGUUGUUGGUGGUGGCCUCUUCACCGUCGCCUUCUCGGACGUUCGUGAUACGAAGAAGGCAUGGGACGUUGCUGCCAAGUUGAUUCCUCACACUCGUAUCUUCCCCAUGGCCCCAAGAGCUGUUGCUGCAGAUCAAGGUUACAACCCAAGUCACGUUAGCGACUUCGAAGGACAACUCAUCGUCACUGUCUACUACAACGGAAACCCGAACUUCAAACAACUCGAGGCUGCACCAAUUGUCGCUGAGAUCAAACGUCUCCUUGCUCAAUGCGGUGAAGUCAAGGCCAUGCAUACCUUGCCUUCGACCCAACUCCACUGCCGUGACUUCCGUGUCGAAUACUUCGACUCCCAGGCUGUUCCCUGUGCCAGAGAUGUCAUCAGUGGCACCAUUCUCGAGGGUGGCGCUGUUCUUCAUGCCGAAGCAUACUCUCCUGACAUUGUCUUCCAUGCCGACGAUGUUGAAGCUCCUUUCGAACAGCUGUCAAUUACUGGUCGAUCUACUGUCCCGGUUGACGAAGACUACGAUCGUCUUGCCUACGCCAUCACUCGUGAUGUUCUUCGCAAUGGCCGUCGUCUCAACAAUGCGAACCACAAUGCUGUCGACAUUGCUCGAAUUCAGUCGGGCAUGGAUGUCCGCACUACGAUCAUGUUGCGCAACAUUCCAAACCGUGUUGAUCAGGCCAUGCUGAAGGAGAUUGUCGAUCAAACCAGCUUUGGGCGAUAUGACUUCAUGUAUCUUCGCAUUGACUUCGCCAACAACUGCAAUGUCGGCUAUGCUUUCAUCAACUUCGUCGAUGCGCCUUCUAUCAUCCCAUUUGUCCUUGCUCGGGCUGGAAAACGUUGGAAUUGCUUCAACUCUGACAAGAUUGCUGAGGUCUCCUAUGCGACUAUUCAAGGCAAAGACUGCUUGGUCCAGAAGUUCCGAAACUCUUCCGUCAUGCUCGAACAUCCAGCCUUCCGUCCCAAGGCAUGAAGCACCCAUCCUCGACAUCGAUGUGAAGCUGACUGUUUUGCAGCUGUACAUCGCUGGCAAUGUCCCGGAUGCUGGUCAAGAAGAGAAGUUCCCUACGCCUGACAACCACUCCAAGAUGCGUCGCUCGGUCGAAAAUGCUGAACAUGUUGGUUUGUACAUCCCCAGAACCCUGGCCCCUGCUGUUCGGCACCCCGACCAAUCCCCACCUCUUGAGUUCGGUCGUCGUUUCUUGAGACGUACUGCCAAACCCUCUGAGACUCGUCGUCGCAACGGCUUCUAUCUUCCCCCUGCCCGUGGAGAUACAUUGUACCCUUCCGAAGUCCCAGACUCUCCUCCUCCUCGACCAUCACCAAGACGUCGCCGUCCCGUGUCGUCCUUGGUUGAUACCAACAGUCCCUAUGACCCAUUUGCUGGCAACCCUCGCCCAUUCUCGUCUUUUCGCUCCUAAGCAAGGUCAAGCAUACCGCGAGGAACAACGUCGUCGUCGUUCUCAAUUCGACCGCGGUACACCAGGAGCUGAACAUGAAUUGGACAUGAGUCGUCUUCGUGUUGACGAUAUCCCGGCUGGUCCGCCGCGCUUCAGACGAUACCUUCCGCAUUACUAGGUCGACGCUAUGGUGGCGCUGGACGUCUUACGGGUUUCAGGUCACAAGUCGUUGGUUCAGAAGUUGUUGGUGGUUCUCGACGUUGAGGUCUGGAAAGUCAAGUCUUUGCCGGUGGGCUUGGAUGCUUCCUCCCUUGCCUUGUGGUUUGGGUCAUGGCACUUGGUCUUUCGAUCCUGGGCACACCAUCAUGUGUCAUCAUUCCCCCAGUUCACUCAUCGCUCGACAAUUUCCCCUGGUGUUAUGUCACCACUGCCCUAAUACUGCAAGUUUUCUUUUCUUCGAAUAUGGCUUGAGCUCUGCACAAGAAUGUGUCACAGGAACAUGGCAGAUGGAAUGGUUCUUCAUGGAAAAGUCAUGUAUUCAGACACUUGUCGAUGGCGAGAUGAGUGUCCCUGCAGUGUAUGAUCACCGUAGGUGAUCCAUUAGUUAGACAGAAAAAAUUGAC